AUGCCACGCACUAUCAUAGAAACAGUGCACUCAGCGCGUACGGGAAAGCUAGUGUCUCGCAAGAUCUUCACAGUUCCACGCAGCAAAAUCCUCCAUCGCCGUCGUGUCCGAUUUCUGCACAAAUUCCGACGUGCGAACCAGCCUUCCUCUCAUUUAUCCAUUGAGAAAACUGCUUUUCGACGUCUGGCUCGGGAAGUGAUGCGCGAUAUCCCCGAAGCGUCGGGUAUCAAGUUUGAUUCUCUGGCUAUGGAUACCAUUCAGGACAUUGUCGAGACUUUGGUCGUCCGAUAG